GGAAAGAGAAAAUGACGUUGCAGCGUGGAGCUAGCGCCUAUGAUUCGAAGGGGAACCUGCCUCUUUAAGAAGACGCUCUCCUGUUGCAUAGGGAGGCUGGCCCGGUGUUUUUCCACUAAUACUCACCCAUUUUAAGAGACAAAGGUCAGAAAGAAAACCUUAUAAAUAAAAUUUACCGCCGUAAUUCUCACUAUUCAACACCCGUCCGCCGCACUACACUGAAAGAACCGAAACAUUCUAAAGGAAAUAAAAGGAAUUCAAGUCAAUACAGCAUGGCACAGAAAGAGAAGCUCCAGUGUCUGAAGGACUUCCAUAAGGACACGCUGAAGCCUUCCCCGGGGAAGAGCCCUGGCACUCGGCCCGAGGACGAGGCAGAGGGGAAACCCGUCCAGAGGGAGAAGUGGAACUCCAAACUUGACUUUAUCCUGUCCGUCGCUGGCGGCUUCGUGGGUUUGGGGAACGUCUGGCGUUUCCCAUACCUCUGCUAUAAGAAUGGCGGAGGUGCAUUUCUCAUCCCGUACACUAUCUUCCUCUUUGGCGGCGGUCUCCCUGUGUUCUUCCUGGAGGUGGCCCUGGGACAAUACACCUCCGAGGGUGGAAUCACCUGCUGGGAAAAACUUUGCCCCAUCUUUACUGGUAUCGGCUACGCUUCUAUUGUGAUCGUGUCCCUCCUGAACAUUUACUACAUAGUGAUCCUGGCCUGGGGUUUGUACUACCUGUUCCAGUGCUUCCAACCGGAGCUGCCCUGGGCCAAGUGUAAGAACCCCUGGAACACAGACCGCUGUGUGGAGGACACCGUACGUAAGAACAAGACUCUGAUGCUGGCCGCUAACAUCACCAACUUCACCUCGCCCGUCACCGAGUUCUGGGAACGUAAUGUCCUCAGCAUCUCCAGUGGCAUUGAUGAGAUUGGGGAGGUCAAGUGGGACCUGGCCCUCUGUCUGCUGGGGGUCUGGGUGAUCUGCUUCUUCUGCAUCUGGAAGGGAGUCAAAUCCACCGGAAAAGUUGUUUACGUCACUGCUACCUUCCCCUUCGUCAUGCUAAUCAUUCUGUUGAUCCGCGGAGUCACUUUGCCAGGAGCAUCUGAAGGAAUCAAGUUCUACCUGUACCCAGACCUGCAACGUCUCAAAGACCCCGAGGUUUGGAUUGAUGCUGGCACUCAGAUCUUCUUCUCGUAUGCCAUCUGUCUGGGAGCUAUGACGUCACUGGGGAGCUACAACAAGUACAAAUACAACUGCUAUAGGGACUGUUUGCUGCUGGGAGGCCUCAACAGCGGUACCAGUUUUGUGUCUGGCUUCGCAAUAUUUUCCGUCCUGGGCUUCAUGGCACAAGAGCAAGGGGUGGACAUUGCCGAUGUGGCAGAGUCAGGUCCUGGCUUGGCCUUCAUUGCCUAUCCUAAAGCUGUGUCUAUGAUGCCGCUGCCAACCUUCUGGGCUAUCCUCUUCUUCAUCAUGCUUCUGCUACUGGGUCUCGACAGUCAGUUUGUGGAAGUGGAAGGACAGAUCACUUCCUUGGUGGAUCUGUAUCCCUCCUUCCUAAGGAAGGGUUACCGUCGGGAAAUUUUUAUAGCUAUUGUGUGCUCCAUAAGCUAUCUUCUGGGACUUACCAUGGUUACUAGGGGUGGCAUGUAUGUAUUUCAACUCUUUGACUACUAUGCAGCCAGCGGUGUGUGCCUUUUGUGGGUUGCAUUCUUUGAAUGUAUUGCUGUAGCCUGGGUUUAUGGCGUUGAUAAUUUCUAUGAUGCGAUUGAAGACAUGAUUGGCUACAGACCAAAUCCCUGGAUGAAAUGGAGCUGGUCUGUGAUCACGCCUCUUCUUUGUGUGGGUUGCUUCGUCUUCUCCUUGGUCAAAUAUAAACCUUUGACGUACAACAAGGUUUACGAGUACCCCGACUGGUCCAUCGGUGUGGGCUGGACUCUGGCCCUGGCUUCUAUGAUCUGUAUUCCUAUGGUUGUGGUCAUCAAGAUCAUCCAGUCUGAUGGACCACUCAUAGAGAGGAUCAAGGCUGUGGCGGCUCCGCUAGGAGGUGCUAGCUCCCGUCCAGCCGACCACCGUUCUAAGGGCAAGGCUUGCGAGCUGGCCUACCCGCUGGACCCCAACGGGAACAACGGCCCGAUCAAGCCCACCCAUACUAUUGUAGAAACCAUGAUGUGAGCGCUCUCUGUGAGAGGAAAGAUUAUUAUUAUUUUUUUUUUUAAAUACCCGCUUUCUAUGUUAUUAUACUAUAUUAUCUUUCUAUGUUAUUAUACUAUAUUAUCGCUAAACUAGUUGUAGGACCAGGUUUACAUGUAUCUGCACUAGGACGGUUCUUUUUUUUGUUUUGUUUGUUUUCUACAGAGGAAGUUACAUUAUUGGGUUUCCUGUCUAUGUUUUUAAUAUUUUUUUUAUUAAACCAUUGUUAAGAAUAUUACUGUUAUUACGAUUGGAUGAAGUUAAAAGUAUAAAAAAAAAAUUAAAAAAAUUUGAUCUCCAAGUCACACGGAGCAGCAGUAUCUUCUAAGAAUAGAAUCAGACAUACGUACUUAUUUUCACCUGUAGAAUUAUUAGUGGUCUGUCUCUAUUUUGGCGUGGAUACUUCAAAAAAAAAAAAAAUGCUGUAUAAAACCCGGAAGAACGAAAUGUGUGUCGUGUUUUGAGCUGUAACAUUUGACUAUGUGAUGUCGAUGUAUCUAGAUCAACCUAGUUCCUCUCAGCUUUAACUAAUGUCUAUAGUACGAUUAUACCGUGGAGGUGGUGCCUCUUGUAUACAGCGAGAUUAGUCCAGUGUGUUUGUCGUCGAUGUUUGUUGUAAAAUUACAGCCGAACCUGAACGUACCUCCACUACUAAGCUGAGUUCAGGGUCCAGAACAUCUCAUCUACAGUUGCGGGGCCACUAAAACAAAACAAAAAUGAAAUCCUGUACCUGUCUGAUGUACAGGGUUUUGUGACAAACAAUUGCUAGAAGGCAAUUGUUUUGCAAGUAUAUAUAUAACACUGCAGUGCAACCUAACUUUUUAGUGCCAGCAACUGUACUUGGCUGUGGAGGUACAGACCUGUCCUCCCUGUACAGUGUACUGUGUACAUACAGUCAGCCCAACUCCAUUUUAGACUAGACUACAUCGGUGUGGAUACUACUGCUAUGUGCCAUCCAUCCAUCCAUCCAUCCAUCCAUCCAUCCCAGUGCAUACAGUAGCUACAUCACACGUGUUUAAAGUCUCUGAUUGAUUAUUUUCACUUAAUAAUGCAGUGAAUUUUCUUUUAUUAUUUGUGUUUUAGUCUCUUGUCGUAUUUCUGGCUAUAGAUAGAGGACAUGACAUAGUGGCAAGUCAAUAAGAAGCACAACAGCACACUAUAUAACGCUUUUACCAUCUCUUAAGUCAGUCUCAACAUCACUAUAUAAUGCUUUUACCAUCUCUUAAGUCAGUCUCAACAUCACUAUAUAACUCAUUUACCAUCUCUUAAGUCAGUCUCAACAUCACUAUUUAACUCAUUUACCAUCUUUUUAGUCUGCCUGUUCCAUGGAUUGAUAGGAGCCUAAAGGACCUGCCAUAAUGACAUGAUAAAUUAAUGUAACUCCCCAUACAGUAACUAUUGAAGUACAAAUUAAUGUAACUCCCCAUACAGUAGCUAUUGAAGUACAAAUGAAUGUAUACUCCCCAUACAGUAGCUAUUGAAGUACAAAUUAAUGUAUACUACCCAUACAGUAACUAUUGAAGUACAAAUUAAUGUAUACUACCCAUACAGUAACUAUUGCCCAUUAAGGAACCAUGCAAAUGCAAGCAAACCUCUUAUCAAUCAGAUCUUUCCAUUGAAUUGCUGUAGGCUAGGUCAGUGAAAUUCUGAUGUAAUUGAUUAAUAUAGUAAUUGAUUAAUAUACUAACUAAUAAUAUCCACUCCCUGCAGCCUUCUCACACUAAGCUUAGUUUUAAAUAUUAUAUUAUUACAGCUUUUCAAAGAGGCAGAAACAAUUCAAACAAAAGCCUGUUGGGAUUUGAAGCAUUAUGAUUCACAAUGCAAAGAUAUUGUUCUUAGAAUGGAAUAUUGAAAUGUUGAAAUCCCAUGUAGUGAAUGGAGACUUUGGUUGGAUCUAUUCCAUUGAAGAAUGUAUUUUUAUUUUGUUGUAUACAAUUAGAAAACGUUUUUAUUUUAUUUUGAUUGUUUUUCUAUCACAUUUUUGCCUUUUGUAUUCAAAAUGUAAAAUGUAAAAAUGACCAGCCCGUCUCCAGUUGCUAAUACUUUCUGAGGAUGAAUCGUCAUUUAACAACUUGCUGUUAUUAAUCAACAAAACUGCAAUUUGUAAUGUGCAAUACUUUUUAGAAAGAUAAGUAUGUUUUUCACUCUGUUUUUUAAAUAGGUUGUACUUUUUACUUUGGAGGAUUGGAGAAAAGACAAAAAAACUUUCUAAAAUAAUGCGAGAGACAAAAACGACAAUUUCAGGGGCCAAUGAAAACCACAAAAUGUUAUGCCAUAAUAUCAACAAAGAAAUAACGUUCAUUGCAGUAGUAUCAUUCUCUGUCAUAACACACACACAAUUUGAUUCAUCUUUAUCAAAAUAUAUAUACAAAUAUUCUUGCAAUGAAAGUAAUCCUGCCAUUUUAUAACUACUGACUCAAUGCUUUCUGGUAGUCUGAAUUGACCUGUGAAGUACAGGUGAUAUUCUAAAAUGAUGCUGCCACCAAACUUAGGCCUACCUGUGAUUCAAAGGGGUUAAAUGUGGAAGACACAUUUCAGUCGAAUGCGUUCAGUUGUGCAACUGACUAGGUAUCUCCGUUUCCUUAUACCAUAGUGCUGUUAGUUUGUAUAGGAGUUUAUGACCCGCAGAAAUUAAACACCAGUAGUUAGCUAGCUAGAUACCUGUAACAAAUCAUGAGUAGUUAGCUAGCUAGAUACCUGUAACAAAUCACGAGUAGUUAGCUAGCUAGGUGCCUGUAACAAAUCACGAGUAGUUAGCUAGCUAGGUGCCUGUAACAAAUCACUAGUAGUUAGCUAGCUAGAUACCUGUAACAAAUCACUAGUAUUUAGCUAGCUAGAUACCUGUAACAAAUCACUAGUAGUUAGCUAGCUAGAUACCUGUAACAAAUCACUAGUAUUUAGCUAGCUAGGUGCCUUACAGGUGCCGUAUCAAAGAAGCUCACUGAAAACCAAAUAAAAAAGCAUUAUUAUGGUGAAGAUAAUGGCACCCAGUCCAUCGCUGGAGAUUGGAGAAGUCUAUCACAGAUAGAAAACAUAAUGUUAAACUUCUUUAACUCUCCUGCCUCAUAUACAUUACAUUACAUACCUUUAUAAGAAUGUACAAGGGGAAAUGUUUUUAAUCCGUAAAGAAAAAACCUUUUUAAAAUACAAUUUGAAAGAUUUUAUUUUUUAUUUCUAUGGCGCUAAAUAACCUGUAAAGCAAAAAUGUGUAUUUAAAACGAGGGUUUUACUGAGAAAAACGUAAAACCUUUUUAUUUCAAAAAUAAAUAAAAAAUAUUUGAUAAAAAGCCUUUGCUUUUCUCAUGUGCAGUGAGAGUGUCCCAUGGUGAGUCUAUAGGGCACAUAAUAAAGCAGUGAGCUUGCACUUUAGUCAUUCAACAUCAUAAUUAUCCAUAUAAUAAAUCAUAAUAAUAGAUUGGAUUUAUAUUGGGCUUUUCCAGAUGCAUUACAUAGCAAAAGGGGGGGGGGACUCACCUCAUCCCCCACCAAUGUGUAGCACCCACUUGGGUGAUGCCAUGGCGGCCAUUUUGGAAAAUGGCGGAGAGGUGAGGAGGACCUAUUGCUGGGUGUAUCGACCCAGUGCUCCCUCCUAAAACCCCACACUAGGGGGCUAAAGCUGCUACACCACAGGCUUAUCCGGGGCAGUUUAGCCUCUUGUCCCCUUUCACCCCACAACAAUGCUGCUUCCAAGACGAGUGACUUAAGAGGCUUGUGUAGUCAGUACAACACAUUAAACGUUGUGUCUUAGUGUCAUGUAGGUUGAGACAUACUCUUGUCAUAAAUAAUGUUGCUACAUAAAAUAGCUCUCCCACAUUUCAUAUAAAGAUGCACCAUUUUGGCAGGCCUAUAACAGAGAUGCUACAGGGAAUGGUCUUACAUUGAAGUCAUUUAACAGAGACGCUCUUAUCCAGAGCAACUUACAGUAGUGAGUACAUACAUCUUCGUACUGAUCCACCGUAGGAAUCGAAGCCACAAGCCUAGCGUUGCAAGCACCACACUCUACCAAAUCAAAUCAAAGUGUAUUUGUCACGUGCGCCGAAUACAACAGGUGUAGACGGUUAGUCGGGCUAAUUGAUGUAAUAUGUACAUGUAGGUAGAGUUAAAGUGACUAUACAUAGAUGAUAAACAAAGAGUAGCAGCAGCGUAAAAGAGGGGUUGGCGAGUGUGGGGGUGGCGGGACACAAUGCAAAUAGUCCGGGUAGCCAAUGUGCGAGGGCACCGGUUAGUCAGGCUAAUUGAGGUAAUAUGUACUUGAAUGUACUGAGCCACAUGGCGAUCUCACCAUAAAUAAUAAUGACUGAAGACACGGCUAUUUAUUUGCCGAACAAUAAACACGAUCGUGGUUACAAAAGAAAUCUUCAUUUGGAUAAAUGUUACAGAUACAUAUUUACAUAACAUGUUACAAACGUUACAUAAAUAUGUAUCUGCAGAAAGACAAAAUGUCAUUUCAGAAUGACGGAGAAGAUGAAAUCUAGAAAAAAAUUAAAUAUUCCCAUUAAUUCAAUGCAACGAUAGUCCAUUAUUAUAAAUCAUGAACACAGCAGGUAUGCAAGGGACACAUUAUGUUGAAAUUGAACACGACAUUGAGUAUAGUAGAAAAUAGCAGAUAUACAUCAUGUAUUUUCUUAAUUUUUUUUUUUUACUGUAUCUGUCUUGGAAUGAGCUUGACCUAUGGAGACAUAGCCUGGUCCCAGAUCAGUUUAUAUUGUCUGGUCGACCCCUGAUGGUCCUGACUCACCAUAGGAGUUAGUAAAACAGCACAAACAGAUCUGGGACCAGGCUAGAGAAUCCAUGCUUCAUCAAUCAGAUUAGCAACGCAGCCCCACAUCUCCUACUGUAACUGUGAUCCUGCUGUGGUGAACAUUUGAUGAACUUGGAUGUGUUCGUUAGAGAUUCUAACAGCUUCUCUCCUAUUUAUUUCCCAGGUACCUUAUACAGACCAAACUGAUUGAUGUGACAAUAUAUGACCUCUAUUGUACUACUGUUCUUCAUACCAUUGCUUUGUGCUGUUAUUUACUGGUUUUUACAUUUCUAGUGAUGAUUUAAAAAAAAAAAAAAAAAGCAUAUUUUUAGUAAGUGUCCUUUGCUUUGAUAGGUGACAUUUGUAAUUUGACAACUUUGUGAGGGAAGAGUACAAAUAAACAUCUUAAAAAAAUA